AUGGUCUCCACGCGCAACCACCCCCGCCAAUUUCCCCCCCCCAACCUCUCCGCUUCCCCCACGUCCUCCCCCUCCAAAUCCAACGCCCUCACCACCUCCUCCAAGGCGCGAAAAUCCGGCGUCUGGGCGCACCAGCCGCCCUUCCUCGCCGUCCUCUGGCUGCUGGUCUCCGUGCCGAUCGUCAUCUGGGACACCGGGUACAUGCUGGGGCGGCCGUACACGAUGCCUGGCGGCGCGUGGCACGCGCCCAUCUGGUCCCCAUACACGCUGUAUGCGACGGUGGAUUACAUCUAUGGGUUUCCGGCGUGGGAGGAGCACAAUGGGUUUUCGGGAGCGCAGAGCUCGAUGAAUGUGGUGGAGACGCUGGGGUAUAUCGUGUAUCUGGUAUAUCUGUUUCGGUUGACGGAGUCGGCGGGGAGGUCGAGGAAGGGGGCGGUGGGGGUGCUGGAGCGGUUGCAGACGCUCAGGGUGGGGGGGAGAGCGGGAGGGGGGUUGGUGCUCUUGGCUCUCUGCACCAGCGUCAUGACGUUGAGCAAGUCGGUGCUAUAUUGGCUGAACGAGUAUUUUUCGGGCUACCGCAACGUCGGUCACAAUGACACGGCCACCCUGUUCUUCAUCUGGGCCAUUCCAAAUGGCCUUUGGCUGAUUUUCCCAACGUACAUGACCUACGUGUUCUCCGUUGAGGCGCUCCGGGCAUUCGAUGCGACAUCACCAAAGAAAGAUUAA